AGUUUCUGCAUUUGAAUCGCCCAGCAACUGGGCUGCCAUGGGACAGGAUGAAGACCCGAAGGUGGUCACACUGCAGACCACAGACCCUGAUUACCAGACUGUUUCUAAGACCUUCAUCGCUUCAGUUCAACAGCCAAAUGCAACAAUAAUUAAGAUUGAACGGAUACAGAAUAAGACCUUGUAUCAGCAGUAUGUGGCUAAGAAAAAACAAAUAUCAAAACAAUCCAGUCAGCCAGCCGAGAGGAAACUGUGGCAUGGAACCAGUGCUGAUGCUAUAGUUUCUCUUUAUACACAUGGAUUUAACAGAAGUUACUGUGGAAAGAAUGCAACCUAUUAUGGUGAUGGUGUAUACUUUGCAGUUAAUGCAAAUUAUUCUGCACAAAAUACCUAUUCAAGACCAGAUUCUCAAGGUCAUAAGUACAUGUAUUAUGCCUCCGUUCUCACUGGUGAUUUCGCAAGGGGACAACAAGGGAUGAGAGUUCCACCAGUAAAGAGCACGAAUAAGUCUCAGUUGCAUGAUUCUGUUGUUAAUGAUGUUAAUAGUCCGCAAAUAUUUGUCAUCUUCAAUGACACACAAGCAUACCCAGAUUAUCUCAUUACAUUCACUCUCUGAGAAAUUAACUUACAUGUGAUUAUGUAUUCUAACAAAUAGCAAAUAACCUAGUUUUCAGUUUGUCAGAUUUUGUGUUAAAUCAGACGAUUUGUGUACACUGUCAUGUGGACAAACGAGCAGGUUUCCUCUCAAUAUCUGUGUGGUCCUUAACCAUAUGUCCAACACCAUAUAACCGAAAAUAAAAUGUGUUGAGUGAUUUGUUAAAAAAACAACAUUUGCUUCCUUCGAACAAUUUGCUGUCACUUACCUUGAAGUGUGGCAUUUUUGUUAGUAUCUUAAUUCUGCAUCUUCUAUUUUGUUUAAACGUCAAUUCAAAUAUUUUUUAUAAAAAUUGCUAACCUCAGAUAAAAAUUAUGUUAUUUUUAUUCUUUUAUAUUUUUUCAUGACAUUGUAAUUUUUAACAUUAUGAUUGCAGCACUGAACACCCACUCCAAGUAAGGUCUGGUCACUGAGUUCCAUAAUGAUUGUUAAUAUUUGUACUGGUGAUAAAAUGGCAAAAUUAUGUGGCAGGGUGCAAAGCAGUGUUUUAUAUUUAC